UAGUGUAGUGCUGGGUGUGGAGCGGUCAGUGUGCUGUGGACUCCAUGUUGUUUUACUAGUGAGGAUGUUCCUGACUUUCUGUCUUCUCUUCAUUGGGCUUCAUGUCUCUGACGGCUGCAUUCUGGUAAACAGGAGUGAAUCAUUACGUAUUACAGCAUACACAGGAGGAUCUGUCCUGCUGCCCUGCUACUGCACUGACCUACACACCAAACCUCAGACAGGAUUCACCUGGAAAUACAACACAAAGGGAGAUGAAUGGGAAAAGAUAUCCAGUGAGAGUGGUCAGUACAGAGACAGAGUUCAGCUGGUUAAUGGUCAGUCUCAAGGAAAUCUCUCUCUACUCAUAUCACACCUGACUGAAGAGGAUGGAGGACAGUACCAGUGUUAUGUUCAAGCGGUUGGAAAUGUCUACAUUACUCUCACUGUUAAAGGCUGCACUCUGAUAAACCUAAAAUCACAGACUAUCACAGCUCAUAUAGGAGGGUCAGUACUGCUGCCCUGCUCCUGCCCUGACCUACAGACCACACCUAAGGGAUUCACCUGGGAGAAACGUAAUGUAUUCAAAAGCAGAUGGGAAGUGAUAUCCAGUGAGAGUGGUCAGUACAGAGACAGAGUUCAGCUGUUUAAUGGUCACUCUCCAGGAAACCUCUCUCUACUCAUAUCACACCUGACUGAAGAGGAUGGAGGAGAGUACAGGUGUGGUGUUAAACAGAGUGAACACAUAUAUGUCAGAAUCAAUUUCGAAGAGGACCCAAGUAAAUCUACUGCAGUGGUCAAUGUACAGACCAGACCAACCACUUCAAUCCCUGCUAGUUCAAGUUCCUCUCAAACCCCUGAAGCCCCUCCACAGUCUCUGCCCUUCGUCCCCUUCGCCUUGGUGACUGUGAUCUUUCUCCACAUUAUAGUAGCUGUGGUUUAUCACACCAAGAGGAACAAAGAUCCUGCCAGAGUUCCUUACAGCACUGCUGAUGGAGAUGGAGUGGUCAGUCUGGAGUAGUACAGUUCUGCAACAUUGGCCUGAUUCUGCACUUUUCAUCAUCUUAAAUGUUUAUUUAGCACCAUUUUUAAAGAGACUAGCAUUAUAAAAUGUUUAUGAAUGGGUUAAAACUUGUUUAGCACUGGAUGUCCAUAAAAUCAUAAACAACUUAUAAUCAUAAACAACUUAACAUCUAUUACACUUAUAUAAAAAUGGCAAGAGUGGCCUGUUGCUCACCAAAUAGUGAGCACACAUUCAUCUAUACUGUUAAAGCUCAAACCUUAUUUGUUAUCCAUCAGUCCGAAUUAAACCUCUCAGCUUUGUAUAUUAAUAUCCGUAAAACAUUGCAGUUCACAGUGUUAUGGUUUCCCAUUUAUUCAUGUGUUAUAACUGCUUUUCUUGAAUUGAUCUUUAAUAUGAAGCCCUGUCAGUCGCAAGCUAAGUGGUCAUUUACUUUCACUCAUGCUGCAGGAUAUAUUGUGUUCUACAAUAUGACAAAGUGAGUUUAGAGUGUACCUUGUAGCCCUGCCUAGUGCUAAUUAACAUAUAUUUGCAUGUUGGUCAGUUAGAAAAAGAAAUACAAAACUGGAAAUGAAAAGUUCAUCUCCAGCAGGUGGCGCUGAUGUUCGUUUUCAUUUUCCUUUUCAGUCUGACAGUUAAAGUGCGUCAGCACUGAAAACGGAAUCAGAGACGGUCGCUUUGCUGUUGAUUUAUUCAUUUUGCAUUUUAAUUUUAAUUUUGUCAGACUU